AUGGGGUCGUUCAUGGAGAAAUACCGAAGUUAUUUCAUCGUGUUUAUUGUGUUCGUGGAGUUGUUCAUUGUAUGCGGAACGACCUACGAUUUCAACGUGAUCUUCACCAGUAUUCAGAGAGAAUUCGACGCCGGAGCUGGUGUAACUGGAUGGGUGGGAUCACUUGCCCUUGCUUUAAUGUUCUGCAACCCUCUCUCGCCACCGCUCAUUCGGCUCUACGGCCCCAGGGUGGUGACGCUUGCAGGCACGGUGAUAUUCACUUGCGGCCUCGCGGCCACAUCCUUCGUGCCCGAUCUGGCCUUCGCGUUCGUUACGUUUGGCGUUCUCGUGGGUGUGGGCAGCAACUUCGUCUAUCAGUCAGGGGUGGAGCUCGUCCUUGAUUGGUUCCCGUACAAAAAUUGUUCCCGAGCCACUUCAGUGGCACUUCUUGGGACCUCUCUUUGUGUGUUGGUAUUUGCGCCUCUACUAAAUGUACUGAUCGCGGCCUACGGUUGGCGUAAUGCGCUGCUCAUAACGGCCGGUGGGUGCUUCACCCUCAGCGUAAGCCUCGGCGUUUUCAUAGUCCCUCCUCCGAAGGGGGAGAAUCCGGCGACGGACGAGAACGCCGGCACCGUGGAAGAGGGAGGUCCCUCCCCGGACGAAGGCGCACGGUCGGCAGCUGAGAGUGCCGAGGGCGGUUGUGGGGAGAUCGAGGAGAGUCAGUUCAACAGGCUUAAGCUGGCUUUGUGCCAACUAGACGUCUGGCUGUUGGUCCUGGCUUACCUGCUCAGCAACCUCUGCUGGGCAUUCUUCGUCAUAAAUUUCGGCAGCUUUCUGGAGUACGACUUACACUUCACAACCGACCAGAUCACCUCCACUCUGGUGUUGGGGGGAGUUGGCGAGUGCCUGGGCAAGAUUCUCUUCUCCGUCUUCGUAUUCGGCCCCAUUCGCGGCGUUGCAUUCGUGGUCCCUUGCUCCGCUGCGAUGGAGGUUUUCGGAGACUUUGGGGCAGACAUCGUCACAGUCUUGGUACUGGUACCCAUCGGUUUGGGUUCUACAGUUGGUGCUCCGUUCGCAGGUGGCCUUUACGACUUGAUGGGAGGCUACAAACUGAGCCUGCUUAUUAAUGCAGGGCUGUUCGUGUGCUCUGCUAUCAAUAUUAUCAUUCUUCUCGUUCGAAGAUCGGGAAAGACGCGCACUUGGCAACCGCCAUCGGCAAACUCCAAGCUUCCCAUCGACAACCCGGCCUUUGUUGUUGAAUCCACCGAUCUUUAAGACUGCAUCCGAAACUGUUGUCUAGCUAGAGCUAGGCAGUGGUGGCACUAAGUAGUGUCAUGUGGGUACAAAUGCACCCACUGGAAAGCCGCUUGCACCCACGUUCGCUCCCACAAAUUUUGUCAUAUAUUACCACAGGGCUAUCAACUUUUUCGUUUUACAAUUCCGCAUCAUAACCCAGGUAAGGUGAAGGAUCAUUUACAUCCAUGCGAUUCUGCCUUGCCCCGCCUGCACCCACAGCCACUGAGAUCUGGCGCUGCCUCUGGAGGGCGGGGUCUAGCUCUUUAUUGGAAAUACGUGGAGACGCGCAGACAAUAAACCUAGCUCAUGAAGCCCGUUCGGACACGGCCCAAGAGUUUAAACCAUUGGGAUGGAUCCUUGAGCCCGCCCAGCGGCGGUAUCGUUAUCCUGUUCAAGGUCUGCGUAAAACGUACACGAAAACACAAUUUUCUUUCAGGACAUCUCACUAGUCUGUUGUCCAAGCCGAUCUAGUAUACGGGCUUAAAUCCCUUAUCACAAUUUGCGUGGAACCAUUCUCUUGUACAGUCUAUAAUUAGCUGACUGAGCUUGAAUGCGUCGGUUGAACUGUGAUCGACAAAAAUUGCUAUAAAGUUGUACACGUUUAAGAGAAAUAUUUUACAUAAAAGCUGAGAAGUAGCGUUUCCUGUAAGAUGCAUGGACACAUUAUCAGGUAUCAAGCUUGAAUGCGCUUGUUCAAAUGCGAUCGACAAUAUUAUAUGUUACGUUUCAAAGAAAUUUUUAAUAUCUCGGUCAAAUUUUGGGCGGCCAGUAUGACAUUUGGAGAGUGACAGUGUUCAUUUUGCUGGGAAAAAACACUGUGAAUGGCCUGGAUGUGACUUCCCAACAAAAAUGGAAAGGCGACUCACCUGGCUGUGAUUUGGUAUAAAGAAUUAUCCAAUAUCACAUCUACACCACCACGAUCACACCUGAGCCAAAAGUCACAUCCAGGAAAGUACAAAAUCACACUGUGAGUUAGACUUUAAACAACAUAAUCCUGGGUGUAGUUUCUGGCUUGCAUGUGAUUUUGGACAAUCCCUGCCAAAUCACAUUCUAGGUUCAAUAUCAUAUCCACCGUUUAACAUCUGUCCGUUUUGUAGGAAAAUCACAUUCAGGCCAUUUACAGUGAAACCAAAUUUAGGAAGAGCCACGUCCAACCAGCCUAACACCCGUUGAACACACUUAAGUCGUAAAUUUAAUUUAUGACUUCAGUGUGAUCAAUGGGUGUUCAAUAACGAAGGAUGGAACCAAUUGUAUAUAUGAUUGCGCCGCUGUCCAAGCUCUUUAUUUAAUAAAGAUAGUUAUUUCCUGAUCCUAUUAA